AUGUCUGACUUUCAGCCUAUCCACUUUGUGCCUGCCGCACGCCAGCCACAAAUGUCGGCUAUGACAGUGGAACGCAUCAUCGCAGUUCCUCACGAAAAGAUAACGACUGAAAAUAUCGGCAGUACCAACCACUGGUGUCUUUAUCUUGCGACGUCUUCUCAAACCUCGAUCCGGGUUGAUUGCCAGCCAAGCCACACUGUUCCGAGCACAGUCAUUCGGGGAGGCUCCAAGGCCAACCUCGUCAUCUCAGAAUUAGCUUGCGAAACUGACACCGACGCCCAGGAGAAGUUUUAUCUUGAUGUCACCGCUGGGCUGACAAUGGGUGAUAUCUUGGGAGCAAUCAUGCGAAAUGGUCGCCACAAAUACGAAUUCGAUGAGAAUGGUGUUGGCUGCAGGUUCUGGACUACUGAUCAGAUUGAUCUCUUGCAUCAGCACCAGGUUGCCACCGAUGCAUCUCAGGUCGCCAGUGCAAAAGCCGGAAUCCUGAAAUUGUGGCCUGAUCAGACACCACUUGCCCUUGACCAGGGAGCUUAUUACUCUUGA